UUUACAACUCACUUCUUUGAUCUCUAUUCCUAUCGCUUUCAAGACGAAUGCACCAGGUCAUGUCCAUUUGUGUCUCUGAUAUGGAGCGCGGGACAUGUAUCGUUGCGAGUGUGCGUGUCUCAAUGUCCGAUUCUUGAUGGAACAGGCGCCCGCCUCGGGCUUCCGGACAUUCACGCCUGAAGCCCCGGCCGGGCUGGGAAUCCUCAACCCAGAUCGGACGGCUGACGAAGCCAACAUCGAGAGUCAUCGCGAUUGAAGGACAUGGCCAUCGCAUAGCCAAGAAUUAUAAAUCAUGAGGGAUGCCGAUGACAACUGAACUUCACGAGCACGCGCCACAAUCAUAAAUCCCUUCAGUCAAAACAAUUCUUGAGCAUGGCCGACUUACGCGUUCUCGUCGUUGGCGCUUCCAUCGCCGGGCCAGCAACAGCAUACUGGUUGUCCAAAGCCGGCGCAAAGGUCACGGUCAUCGAGCGAUGGCCAAAAUUCCGUGAAGGCGGCCACAACGUCGACCUACGCAGCUGUGGAAUCACCGUGAUGAGCAAGAUGGCAGGUAUGGAGGCCGCCGUUCGUGCAAAGAAGUGCAAAUUCGAAGCGAUGACUAUGGUCCAUGCGGAUGGUCGACCAAUCAUCACAUUUACGUCUUCUGGCAAAGUCGAGGCGCAAUCAUUAAUGUCUGAAUACGAAAUCUUCCGUGGCGAUCUCUCGCGAGUCAUCAUGGAUCUGACCAAAGACGAUCCAAACGUCGAAUAUGUUUUUGGCGAACAAGUCACUGCGAUCCAACAGGACGGCAACGGUGGGCCAGCAACAGUCACCUUCAUGAACGGCUAUCCUUCAGCAGAAUUUGACCUAGUAGUCGCAUGUGAUGGCGCAACAUCAAAGACUCGCGCCAUUGGUCUGGAGUGCGGUUUACGCGACUAUGUCCACCCAUUGAACACCUGGUGGGCCUACUUCUCCGUCCCUGGCGACCUUCUCAAUGCCAAAAAUGUCGGCCUGGGCUACACGGAAGCUCCCGGCAAAUCCACCUUUGUGCUCUACGACGCCACCGGCAACAGAACGCGCGGCGGGUUCAUGAGUGUCCAUCCACGCAACGAUCCGAACGCGCUCGCACAUUUCCACGCCGCCAAGAAACUAGACACCGAGGGCCUGAAGAAGUACGUCGCGGAACGCUUCACGAGCCCCGCAUGGAAGGUCCCCGAGCUCAUCGACGCUUUGAUGCAGUCGGAUGACCUCUACGUCGGCGAGCUCGUGCAGAUAAAAGCGCCAACCCUGCACCGAGGACGGUUCGUGCUCGUCGGCGACGCCGGGUAUUCGACCGGGCCCACCGGCGGCGGAACAAGCAUGGCCCUCGCGGGAGCGUAUAUCCUGGCAGGUGAAAUCCUCCAACACAAAGGCGAUCUUCCCGCAGGACUUCGAGCCUACGAGGAUCGCAUGCGGCCGAUCAUCAAGGAUCUGCAGACGGUGCCUCCCGGAGUCCUGGCGGCGAUGGGACCACAGACGGAGUGGGGAUUGUGGGUGAGGAAUCUCAUCCUGGGAAUCGUGAAUUGGGGGAUGAAAUUUGGGAGUUUGUUCUCGUGGAUGGGAGGGUGGUAUUCGAGUGCUUUUGCGGGCGAUAAAUUUGGGUUGCCGGAGUAUGAAUGGGUUCGGUGAGAGACAGGAGCACGUUGAAGGAUACGGCUACGAUGAUGAUUUUCCUUGAUGGAACAGGAUUGGGACAGGAUCGAAGUUUACUUUUCUCCUCUCUGGCGCAUUUGACGACUAUUAUGAUACUCCCCUCAAAUCCUAUUUGAACCUCGGUGCAGCCUCCGCGCUGGCCGUAUGCAGUUCAUAUCUCGAAGGAUUCCAAUUAGGUGGCCAUCUGCAUGCGCUUAUGCUAUGAUCCGGGAGUUUGAAUUGUCAGCCCUGCCCUAAGUGUCGCCUCGAUUGGACAAGACAGUGGAGGUGGACACCUUCUGAAGGACAGCAAUAAAGAAAUUUCGAAUGUCCUUGUAAGAGCAACCCCUUCCUACAUGUCAGAAAUGGCGAAAGUCGCUUGCAGUACCCGCCGGAGUUCUUUCCUG